AUGACAGUCCAGCAGAAUAACCCGAAUAUUUCUGACGACUCCGAUGAUAUGGUGAGCUUACCACCGGAGGAGGAAGUUUAUAGGCGCAAAUAUCAAUUGCUACUAGAACGAUGCGAGGUGCUACAGCAGGAUAACGAGCGAAUACUGAAUAGAAUACACGAAGUGAAGAAAAUAUCAAGGCGGUAUCGUAAGGAUAUUAUGCUGUUAGUGGAAACGUUGGAUAGUCACGGAGAUCCAUUCAGAACAGCGACAAUAGAAAUCGAUACGAAGCCUGAGGUGGUGCCCCGAGCAGGUCGCGUUGGUGGGAAGGCACCCACUGGUGGCAAACAAGUGGACAGACCUGCAACUGGAGGACCUAAAAAACCUGGGCCUAAGAGAAAAAGCAAAGCUGACAAGCCUGAAAGAGAUCCAAAUGCACCAAAAAAGCCGUGCAAUGCUUUCUUCCAAUUCUGCCAAGAGCAACGACCUGUUGUGGUAGCAGAGGCUAACUCUGAGAUUGGAACUGAGCCCACCAAGCAAGAAGUAACUAGGCAGUUGGCUUCCCGUUGGAGAGCACUCUCUAAUGAUGAGAAACGGGUCUAUGUGGCUAUGUUUGAAAGGUCGAAAGAAAAAUAUGCAGAAGAGAUGUCCGCAUACAUAAAGAAAGAACAAUGACAGUUAGAGAAUAUCGCCUCUUGUGAUAGUCAGCUUUAAGUUAGGAUAAUUUAUUUUGAAGUAAAUAGUCGUAAAUUAAAUUAAUAACUUUUGUAAAUACUGUUUUGGUUUCAUGUAAUUCCAACCAACUUGGCUUGUACUUUACUAGUAUGAGCUAUGUACGGAUAACGGCACAUCAGACUACACAUUUUUGUUCGAAAAUCACCUCCAUUGCAAUGGAACAAGAUAUGUCAAUGUGUAGCUUAAUGUGCUAGCGUGUGUACUUCAACCAACCGAAUUUAAUUAUAUCUUUUAUAGUUCAAUGGACCCAGGUAUCAAGAUCCAGUUCAAUGUGGACCCAAC